CGUUCUUGCGCUAAACGAGCAAUACGUUGAUAUAACGUUUCUUAGUCCUUUUAAUGUGUACAUUCAUCUCGUGAUAUAUGAACAUGCGUUUAUUAGCCACCCUGUACGUUUAACUCUAUUACGAAUAGAAGAGGAAAUUACGUAAGAGAGAGCGUUUUAGACAUAUCGAUAUAUACAACGCGAGUGAGAGUAAGGUGACUUAACUGCUGUUACUGUGAAAGAUGCUCAUGAGAUUCUUGCUUGAAAUCUGUUAAGAAAGGAAGAGGUGUAAUAGUAUGUUAUUGGUGCUUCGCUCGUAAUUUGCAUACCGCGAGUGCAGGUGAGCGUGCACCAGCGAAUGUACCUCCCGACUACAGUUUCAUUCGCGUUUCAAAUCCAAGAUAACUAGAUGAUCUAUCUUCUCGUAGCAGAUUAAACCUACGAGAAAGAUAAUUUGAAACCAAGAAUGAAGACGCUCCUGCUGCUAUUCGCGUGCAUUUGUUUGGCAGAAUGUGGUGCAGGAAGAAAGCACACUCGCGAGCAACAAGCUCAAGGUUACGAAUACGAAUACGCUCAGGAAUCUGCGCUAUCUGGCCCCCUAGUAGCUGCAGGUCCACUCGCUCAUGGCCGUGGACUGCCUCAUCCCGGGUUCAGCGUUGGUGGUCCUUUAGCUAAUAUCGCGAAAGGCGCGGCAGAACAAGCCCACACGCAGUUAAAUAAUCAACAUUCCGCGGCCGGACAAGCCGCGUUCGUCGCGAAGAACACCUUAGCGCAAGCUGCUUCGCAGUCAGCGGCUACCGCGGCUGCGGCACUCGCUGGCAAACAGAUCGUGGUCCAAGGGCUGGAGCAACAAUCGAGAGAUGCCCACGUAGCGGUAGACGGGGAGAACCUGCAACUGCAACAAGCGGAACGUGCCGCAAACGCAGCGAGGACCACCGCCAAACAAGCGAUGCAGCAGUUGCAAGUGGUUACAGCGGCCUUAAACGCGGCACAGGCGACGGCUGACCGCGCAGCGCAAGCUGCCGCGGAAUCGGCGGCCGAGUUGGCGGCGCAAACCACCAUGCUUGGUCAGGCGAAGGCAAGAGCGGAGUCGGUGGACGAGCAACUCACUGCUGCUCGCCUCGAUUACGAAACCACUCAAGCGGCCGCUGAGAAAGCUGCGAGCGCAGCCGCAGCCGCGCAGAAUAACGCUGCCGCUGCCGCUGCACACGUUGCCGAUGCUGCCGCUGAUUCUGCGCUUUUGGCUCACCAGCCGAUCAAUCCCUCUCCGCUGCCGAAACUUCCUCCACCUCGGCACGGUGCUCCUGCCGUUCUCGAUGCAGGUAUUCACGAACCCAGUGCCCUUCUCGCACCUGGCUCGCUCCACCAAGCUGACGCUCUCCGUUCACCUGCUGCGCUUCACCAAGCGGAAGCUCUCCGUCUUUCUUCCGGACUUCAUGAAGCUGCCGCGCUCCAGGAAGCCGCUCUUCGCGCGUCCAGCCUGCUUCACGAAGCUGGCCCAGCACUUCAAUCUCCAAGCGGUCUUCAUCGCUCGGAGUUGCUUAGCCUAGCCAAUGCUUUACCUACCGAUAGUUACGAUAUUAAAGGUUAUCGAUACUAGAUUCCUUCGGAUUGGACAUUUUAGACGAAUCUAGUACUUGUUACCGUCUUCAUUCAGGAAUAACGAAAUAUUAUGUUCCAUGUGUCAGACUGUGAAAUAAAAUAUUGUUGAAACGUCAAA